ACGUGAGUUUUGGUUAUUUUUGUUAGCAAUAACCAUGACUAUUUUCUGAUUUUAAGUUAUUUAAUCCACAGGAAUAAUGGGUUUAACAAAGCAAUAUCUGAGAUAUGCACCGAGUGGGACUUUUAACGUUAUAGCAAGCCCAGAUUGUAACAAUUCCCACGUCUCGUUAAAUGGUGUGAGCGGCAGGUAUAUCGCAGUAGGAGCAUGUGAACAUGUUUUUGUUUGGGAUAUGCGGCUCGGGGAGAAGGCACAAGUUAUUCCGGGUGAGAAUGUGAUGGUAUCACAGAUAGCCGCAAGCCCCACUGGUAACCACAUGGCCGUUGGUUAUGUGGAUGGCAAUAUCAAUGUCUAUGAGCUGACUAACAAUGAGAUAGUGUGUGUGUUCGCUGGCCACAAAUCACCAGUAACCUGUAUGGAGUACGAUGAGCAAGGACAUCGUAUGGUAUCUGGAGCUAAGGACACAGAAGUUAUACUUUGGGAUGUGGUAUCUGAGACUGGUAUUGCCAGAUUCAGUGGCCACAAAGGUGUCAUAACAAGUGUUUGUUUUAUAAACGGCAAGAACUGUGUGAUCAGUUCAUCAAAAGACACAUUUGUUAAGUUCUGGGACAUAGAAACUAAACACUGCUUUAAAACUCUUGGUGGACAUCAAACAGAGGUUUGGUCUGCAGUAUUACUGAAAGAAGAAAGGUAUUUGGUGACUGGCACUGUGGACCAACAGCUGCGAGUUUGGAAACUAAAUUGGACAGACAAAAUUAAAGAAGAAGACAAACUUGUACAGCAACUGGAGAUUGUGAAGCUAGAGGAAACUGAUGGAAUGGAAGAAAGUUCUAUACUUCAAUGUCACCAAGUGGGUACGCUCAUAAGAGGCGGUAAAGGCAGAGUGGUGGGACUGGCGACAGACCCUGGACAGAGUGUGCUAGCGUGCUAUGGCACUGACAACCUUCUAGAAAUGUUCAUGUUCUGUUCUGAUGAGGAGGCCAAACAGAGAAUGUCCAAAAGAGUGAAGAAGCAAAGGAAAAAGUUAAGCAAACAAAAAGAAGCGGGAGAAGUGGACUCCGAGGCAGCAGAUGUGUCGGAAGUGCUGACGUUAUCCGACGAAGUUAGAAGGCUAACUUCUGUGAAGUUGUCAGCAAAGUUAAAGGCUGUAUCUUUACUACUCGGUACCACAGGAGAGUUGAGAAUUGGAGUGACAUUGUCCACCAAUACUCUGGAGUUACACAGCCUGGCUGUAACUGAUGGCAGUGAAGUCAAGUGCCUGAAACAAAUAACGCAGCCGGGUCAUCAGAAGGAGCCGCGAUGCAUCGCUAUCAGCUCUGACAACCUUGCCAUACUGUCCGCGGCCGCAGAUUCCGUUAAACUUUGGAACAGGACGAGUCAGACGUGCGUGCGAACCAUAGACACGGGCGUGCGUCCCCUUAGUGCCUGUUUCGCGCCGGGCGACCGUCACGCGCUCGUCGGUUGCGCGGACGGCUCCGUGCUACUCCUAGACGUGGCCUCCGCGAAGAUUCUAGAAAAAGUUCCCGCGCAUUCCACCGACUGCACCGCUGUUGGACUCACGCCUGAUAUGCAAGGUUGCUACACCGGAGGCGGUGAUAAAACGGUGAAGUUAUGGCGAUUCGAAUUGAUCGUAGAUCCAACAGGAGAAUCUAAUGCAAAGGUGUUGUCUAUGCUGCACACGCGAACUCUUGAGCUAGAGGAAACGGUCACAGCGGUUAAAAUUAGCCCCAACGGAAAGUUUAUUGCUGUCGCUCUUCUAGACUCUACUGUCAAAAUCUUUUUCUUGGAUACUUUUAAGUUCUACCUAUCCCUGUACGGUCACAAGCUGCCGGUGCUAUGUCUGGACAUGAGCUACGAUUCCACGCUUAUAGCUACCGGUUCGGCCGACCGCAACGUCAAGAUAUGGGGCAUGGACUUCGGUGACUGUCACCGGUCGAUAUUCGCUCACAACGACUCCGUGACGUCACUGCAGUUUGUGCCGAACACACACUACUUCUUCACUGCGUCUAAGGACGGAAAAGUCAAGCAGUGGGACGCGGAUACGUAUGAUAAUAUUAUCACGUUGAAUGGUCACGUGGGCGGGUGCAGCGGCGUGGCGGUGGGCGCUGGCGGGUUAUACGCAGCGUCGUGCGGUGCGGACGGCGCGUUGCGUCUCAUAUCGCGGACGGAGGAGCCGCUAGUGCUGGGUGAUACUGACGAGGCGGACGAACCACUGGCGACGGGGGAGCAACAUGCCCCCGUGCCCGGUCUGCCAGGACUGGUGAUGCCGACAAAGAAAACUCUCGGAGCAGAAAAAGCUGCGGACUCAAUAAUCGAGUGUCUAUCAGUGGGUUCGGAGUACACGCGCGAGUGUAAGGAGUCGCGCGGCCCCGUGCAGCCGCCGUUACUGAUGGCCGCCUACAACUGUAGCACCGCAGAGGACUUCUUCGUUGAGACUAUUAAAAGGAUACGAUCUAGUGACUUAGAGGAGGCGCUGCUGCUGCUGCCGCUGAGUGCUGCGAGCGACAUGGUGCGGCUGCUGCCCGCCGUGCUAGACCGGGGCGACCACGCCGAGCUGUUCGCCAGACUUGCUAUAUUCCUGCUCAAGGUACACCAUGCGCCGCUCGUAGCGAAUCAGUCGCUGCUAAAAUACAUCAUACAGAUACAAGCCAAAGCCACCAUGAGACUCAACGAAUUGAGGGACAUGGUGGGUUUCAACGUGCACGCACUGCAGUGGGCGUGGCGCGAGUGUGACGUCACCGAGACCGCAUUCCGCGACGCCAGCGUGCGGCACAAGCGCCGCGCACGCAGAGCGGUCAAGCGGCCCAUUGUCACUGUCACUUAGAUUAAUUAUUAAUAUAUUGUAAUUAAUACA